AUGACAUCUGGGCAUGCUGUACUCUUCCAGAACUGUUCAACUCACAAUGCACAACACAUUUGCUUCUGCAUGGUGCUACACUACAUUUCAAAGAAAUUUAUAGUGUUGUUGAACGUGUGUGGUGAUGUCAUUUUUAAUGAAACGGAGAGCUGUCGUAUUCUCUGCAUUAUUCUCGUUUAUAGCAGUGCUGGUUUUAAAGAAGCGCAUUCAUUGAUUGAGGAGGAGCAGUCAGUUCAUCAUGAUCUGGUACUUUUGCCAAACGUUUAUGACAACUAUAAAAGUUUGACAAAGAAAGUGCUUGAAGCAUUUGUAUGGCUUGAUAAGACAAUUAAACAUUUUCAGUAUCUGUUGAAAUGCGAUGAUGAUUCAUUUGUUCAAGUUGAUAAGGUUGUAUCAGAAUUGCAAACAAUAAAAUUGACAAAGGGCAAUUCCCUUUACUGGGGAUUCUUUAAUGGACGAGCACAAGUGAAAGUGAAUGGAAAGUGGAAAGAAUCUGAUUGGAUUUUGUGUGAUUACUAUUUACCAUAUGCUUUGGGAGGUGGAUAUGUUCUGUCUCAGAAAUUGGUACACUUUAUAGCUGUCAAUGCAGAAUUCCUAAGGUUAUAUAACAGUGAAGAUGUAUCAGUUGGGGUAUGGUUGUCAGCAGUAGUAAAUGUCACCAGGCAACAUGAUCCACGCUUCAACACUGAAUUUAUAUCACGUGGUUGUUCGAACACCUAUCUUGUGACACACAAACAAGAUGAAGUGGCUAUGAGGAAGAUGUUUUUGACAUUAAAAAGAUCUGGAAGGUUGUGUGAUGCAGAAUACAGAUCGAGGAACUCAUAUAUUUACAAUUGGCAUGUUCCUCCAUCAAAAUGUUGCAUUAGGAAUGACUCAAGUAUUCCAUAAGUAUAACAUUCAUUGAGUGUACACUGAUUUUUUAUUGUAGCCUGCUGUACAUCUGUGUGAUAUUUAAUUUUUUAUGUAAUUUUAUGUAGUUAAAUUUGUUAAAAUGUAUUGAAGCUUAUUUUUUCAAGCACUU